CGGUGGGCACCUAGUCAGUGACGGUUCCUGCCUCGCUGUUGACUACACAAGACACUAACGAUGGUCUGUCUGCUGCUGCUGCUAUGUCUCGCCCCUGUGGCGCUGUCCUGGGAGAGAGAGGAUGUUCAUGCCCUGCUUCAGAAGGCCAUGUCCAAGGAUGCUGACGGUGAGCUCGAGGGUUGGCAGAUGGAGAAGUUGCCGGACUUUCUCAAGUGGUACAGCCUCCAGAAACAGAUGGAAGGAGAAGAAGGUGACGACAGGAAGAUGAGCGAAGGUGAAGAUCAGGAAGAGCCGAAGAAACAUGCCAGCCAUGCUGCCCCCUGGGACCGCCCCGGACCCUUCUCCUGGUGGAGACUUCAUCACAAGUACGACGUGAGGCAGUGGCAGGAGGAACAAGCGCGGAAGCAUCAUGAACAGGUGGCCAUGUGGAUGCGAGAGAAGAGGGAGAAGAUGGAGAAGUUCGAGCAGUUCGAGAAGUUCCAGGCCGCCAUGAAGGAACGCAGGGAGAAGGCAGAGAAGAUGAAGAAGUUGCAGGGGAUGCUCAGACUCCAUGCUCAGGCCCACAAAGAGCAGGAGUUCGCCGAAAUGAUGAGGACCUUUACCGAGAAGAAGAAGCAGUACGUCUUCACUAUUGUGUUUGAACUGAUGAAGUUCUGCAAGAGCAGUGAGUCUAUCAUGGACCUUCAACGCUUCUUCAAUCCCGACAGUGUGCGCAACAUGAACGAGGCGAGCAGCAACAACACUGACGUCAUGGACAUCGACGAACACAUGGCCUUCCCACACCCAAGGACACAAGAGGAGGCCAAGAAAAUGUUCAUGAAGGGUCUUGUGAAGACGCUGUGCGUGAGCUCCAAGGAAUACGUGCAUCACGUGAGGAUGUUCGCCGCCCAUCACCUGGCCCAUCACUUCGCCAUGGAGACCGCAGGAGACGCGCAGCCAAUGGGAGACACCAGUCCUGCAUCUGGGAAUUACGGCUUCUAGAUACCGAGACUCACAGAGACACGUAUACGUGAUGCAUAGUGACGUGAAACACGGAGACGUGAAGCACAGAGACGUGAAACACGGAGAUGUGAAGCACAGAGACAUGAAACACGGAGACGUGAUGCACGGAGACGUGAAACACGGAGACGUGAUGCACGGAGACGUGAAACACGGAAAUGUGAAGCACAGAUCUCGUGUAUUAUCGCCAAACAGUAGACUGCACCUUUCUAAUCACGCUUGACUAUGCACAUCUGCUCAACACUCUUAUUGUAUCGGUUAAUAAAAUGUUAAAAGGGUCAAA